GUGUCGGAGUGAGCGAGACAAAGCAGACCAACAAGGACCCACCGCAGAUGCAAGGACAGAGUGCGGGCAGAGGGGAAAACUGCCUGUGUUUCUGUCACCAUUUCUCGGAACCAGGACACGGUGGGGAAACAGCGCUUGCAACUGACCUACAGGCAAGCGGGUGAGCGGGACCCCUGAGAGGAAACUUCCUCAGAUUUAUCCCUUCUGCGGCUGCCUGUUUUUGAAGUUUUUUGGAGGCUGCCGUGGGGAACCAAUUUUCCCCUUCAAGGAAAAGAAAGAAAGGGGGAGGCCAGAGGCUAAGAAAAUUGGAACAUCUCCAAGUCACGACUAUCACCCAUCCCUACCCUCCCUAACAAAACCUCCAUGCCCUAAAGAUUUUUUGCUUUUUCUUCCUGUGGGAGCCACGUGUGAAGACUCGGAGAGUGAAGACCGCGGUCCUCAGAAGUCCUGAGCCGCCUGGAGCUCCGGUUCGCCUCUGACCAGCACACAGAGAGACCCGGGCAUUUGGCAUCAAUCCUCGGUCCUACCUGCCUAAAAGUACAACACCCUCCUACCCCAAACUUAGACUCCUUUUACCCUUAGCCCCUCCUCUCCCAUUAGACACCCCCCUAUGGAGCAGGAAGCGUGAAAAAUCUCAGUAAUGGGUUUAUUUGCUGUCAGACCUGCGCUGAUCUGUCAUUUUCCAGGACUUUUCAACUUGACGGGUUUCGCAGCUGAGUGAACCACCUGGCUGGAUUUGGAGGCAGUGCUGGUCGCUAAAGUCCUUGAGACUUCCCUCUCCCUCUUUCCCCGCUGGGUUCCUCCCUGAAUCCAGCCUACAACCAACAGAUCCCCACCCAAGGAGGAGAACUUCUUAUUUUGUUUUUUUUGGGGGGUCUUUUUCAAUUCAAUAGUAUACCGUUUGGCUUGCCCCUUACCCAUUCUGGUAUUUGCUUCCCAGUUGUCCCUUCCCAUCAGUAAUCUCUGUGGCUCAAGAUGAGGUGCUGGCCUCUAGCAGUGGUAGCUGCUGUCUUUUGCACCCAGUGCCUUCUCCUUGUUGAUGCCAAGAAGGAGAAGAAGAGACAGAAAGAGAGCACCCCUCAGCAUACCGAAGCAUACAACUCCUCCAUGUCCAACAGCGAAGAGGUUGGAGGGAGCUCCAAGAGUGAAAACCAACGUGUGGACCCGCUUGGAUCAUGGAAGGUGUUUGUUGAGCGUCCUGUGGGCAACUUCCCGGGGAAAUGCAAGAAGCGGAAGAGGCCACUACCAGGACCCCCUGGCCCUCCUGGACCCCCGGGGCCACAGGGCCCUCCAGGAUCACCCGGGGCAGUGGUCACCCAAGAAGUCUUGCUUCAGGAGUUUCGAGAAAUGAUCAAAGAGGCGACAGAGAAACGGGCAAUUGCAGGGCAGGAGAGCAGCCCCAGUGAGUUGCCACCUGCACUCAUUGCCCUGGAUGGCAUGUCCUCGAACCGCAGGAUAGAGCACGCCUUUCAUUGCAAGCUAAAGGGGCCUGUCGUUGUGGACAAGAAGACCUUGACGGAGCUGCAAAACUUUCAGACGCCUCCGGCCAAGGGUGCCUUCCUCCGAGGGAUGGGUAUGGACCAGUCCACCGGUCGCUUCACAGCACCCGUCACUGGCAUUUAUCAGUUCUCUGCCAACGUCCACAUUGACCACGGAGAGGUGAAGAAGAGCAAGAAUCAGCUGCGGGCCAGGGACAAUGUGCGGGUGCUGAUCUGCAUCGAAUCGCUGUGCCACAGAUACACGUCCUUGGAAAUGAUUGUGGGCUUGGAGAGCAGCAGUAGGAUAUUCACCGUCUGUGUGCAUGGGCUGCUGGAGCUGCAGGCUGGACAGUACACUUCCAUAUUCGUGGACAACGGAGCAGGGGCGUCCAUCACGAUACAGAAUGGCUCAGACUUUAUGGGGAUGCUCAUGGGCCUAUAGCCCUGCCUGUGCCAGUCACCUACUGGGCUGCCAUGGGGUUCAUCAUGUCUUUGCAUGCACUUUUCUGUUCUGCCGCCCACCAGACCAGAAGCGGCCCUUUGGUGGAACCCAGGACCUCAUGCGGCCGUCCGCCUUCGAGCAUCAACGGCCCACAUUCACCUGCUAGAGCGAUGCGCUUGCCUUACCGCCAGUCUGGUCGCGCAAACAGAAGACAAUCUCUGCGUCACCAUCUCAGCGUCUCCUUCAACGAGACGUUGCUUUUUCACGUAUCCUCAAGAGUUCGGCUCUCAGUUCACCAUGGACGCUCCAGAUGUGUGUAAAUAAAACCAAAGCUACUGAAGAAAAGGGUGCUGGAGUGAGCAGAGGACAAAUCCAUCAGAAUGGCGUUUGAUACACAGCUCUUCUCGUCGAGUCUCCCGACUCUCCUGAGUCGACCGACAUGUUUUACUUC